AUGAUGAAGAUCAUCCAUGAGGAUGGCUUCUCUGGAGAAGACGUGAAGCAGUACAAGCCAGUGGUCUACAGCAACACCAUACAGUCCCUGGCAGCUAUUGUCCGUGCCAUGGACACCUUGGGCAUCGAGUACGGGGACAAGGAGCGACGGGCUGACGCCAAGAUGGUGUGCGACGUCGUCAGUCGGAUGGAGGACACAGAGCCCUUCUCUCCAGAGCUGCUCUCAGCCAUGAUGAGACUCUGGGCAGACUCUGGGAUCCAGGAAUGCUUCAACCGCUCCCGGGAAUACCAGCUGAACGACUCGGCCCAGUACUACCUAGACAGCUUAGAUCGGAUUGGAGCUGCAGACUAUCAGCCCACGGAGCAGGACAUCCUCAGAACCAGGGUCAAAACAACUGGCAUUGUAGAAACCCACUUCACAUUCAAAAACCUCCACUUCAGGCUCUUCGACGUCGGGGGGCAGCGGUCGGAGCGCAAGAAGUGGAUCCACUGCUUUGAGGAUGUCACAGCCAUCAUCUUCUGCGUCGCCCUGAGCGGCUACGACCAGGUGCUCCACGAGGACGAGACCACGAACCGCAUGCACGAGUCGCUGAAGCUUUUUGACAGCAUCUGCAACAACAAAUGGUUCACAGACACCUCCAUCAUCCUCUUCCUAAACAAGAAGGACAUCUUUGAGGAGAAAAUUAAGAAAUCUCCACUGAGUAUCUGCUUUCCUGAGUACACAGGCCCCAACUCUUUCACAGAGGCAGUGGCCUACAUCCAGACUCAGUACGAGAGCAAGAACAAGUCCACCAACAAGGAGAUCUACACACACAUCACCUGUGCCACCGACACCAACAACAUCCAGUUCGUCUUCGACGCCGUCACGGACGUCAUCAUUGCCAACAACCUGCGGGGCUGUGGACUCUACUAA